AUGAAGUUUGGGAAAACAUUGCCUAAUCAUCAAGUCCCGGAAUGGUCACAUCAAUAUGUGAACUACAAAAACCUGAAAAAGCUAAUAAAGCAAAUAGUAUCAGUGCAAGAAGAAUUAAGGCGCAAAACUGGACAACCUGCGAAAAAUAACGGACCCUCGGUUGCAGGUUGGGGUGAUUAUUCACAUGUUGAUAAUUUUUUGAAUGAUCCAGAGGUUAAAAAGCUGUUGGCGUCCUUCUUUUUUGUUUUGGAUAGGGACAUUGAGAAGGUGGAUAAUUUCUACACUUCACAAUUUUUGGAGUAUGACAGAAGGCUCAGAAAGCUUCUUACCUCUGCCCAGUUUAAUGAGUUGAAUGCCUCAUUAUGUUCACAAGACGAUAGACCAGAGUACUCAAGUCACGUGGACCCGAAGAAUGAUUUUAUAACAUGGCAGGCCGGAGGGAUGUUUGCUGGCGAACCCCGGUUUCUUCCAACGCCAUCUGACUUGAAUGAGGAUCUUGAUGAGGCGCUUGCCGUGCUGAUCGAAUUGAGAUCGCGGUUCCGCAAUCUAAAAUGGUAUGCGGAAUUGAACAAAAGAGCCUUCACCAAGAUUUUGAAAAAACUGGACAAGAAAGUGGGCACAAUCCAACAACACACGUAUUUCCGAGCUCGUAUUUCGCCCCUUGGGAUCUGCAGUGACGCAGAGCUUAACAAAAAUUUGAUUUUGAUAAAUGACACGUUGGAGAGAGUUUCACCGAAGGUCAGAGAUUUGCAUUAUCCAAAUCGGGCUGGUUUGGGGUCAGAGGUUUUAGAAGCUAGGGAUUCUGGCUCCCCGGUCGAUGUUAUAUCCCAACUCAUUGAAAAGGACGAUGGGAAAGGUGUUAUCAAUGAAUUGAUUUCCAUAUAUCGCUCUGCUGUGCUAAUUCCGACACGUACUUUGAUUGCGUUGUUGAACAAGGCUGCCAUUUCCCAGUCUUUCCACUGCUUGGAUGAAAUUUUGGAGAUAAUUCCUGCUCUGGGUGAUUCUUCCGAUAUUAGUGGCAGAAACUUCUUCCAUCACCAUGUCAUUGCCUUGGGAAAGAGUUUUAAGACGAAAAACUCAAAUACUGAGGCGUCUCGGGAUUCUAAUGAUAAAAAUGAUCUCCACAUGCUUCUCUCCAACACAUUGAAUUUGGAGGUUGCUGCACCGCCAGAGUCUAACAGCAGAUUGAUCGGCGCUUUUGGACCGGACGGUGUCAAUUCAGAUGAUUCGCCUGUUUCUUUGAAAUAUAUCUUGAACAAAUUGCCUGCCCACUUGAGAUCGAGUUUACUACAAAGAGAUAACUACAAACGUACUCCUCUUCACUACUCUGCUCAAUACGGGCUGUUUGAAGUGUCAAACAUAUUGAUUAAGAGUUUGAAAGAUUGGGGUGUUUGGAACAAGGACGUCCCUAUUGAUGAGAUUGGCUCAUGGGGAGAUGCUGAAGGAAUGACCCCGCUGCAUUUGGCAGUAAUCGGUACGCAUCCAAGGACCGUUCGCAUUUUGACUGCGUAUGGAGACCCUGAAAAACCUUUCAGCUCUCCUAGACUACUGCAACUGGCGACAAGACUGAAUUCACCAAAACUGUUGGAAUCUUUGUUGUCCAUAAAAGGCUUUGACAUCAACUACGUGGAUCCGGAAACACACGAGACAGCGCUUUACAUUGCCUGCAAACUCAAUCUAUUAAAUGCCGCUCGGACUCUUUUAGAGAAGGGUGCUGAUACGGAAAUUCCUGAGGCGGCAUUUGGGUGGACCCCAAUUUUUGUGGCAGCUACAGAGGGAUUUCUAAAUAUGGUGACUCUCCUUCUUGAGUUCCACGCUAAGUAUGAGAUCUUUGACGAUAGCGGGUGGACACCAGUGGAACAUGCCGUCUUGCGUGGGCACAUGGAAGUGGCUGACUUGCUCGCGAUAGAAAAUAAUCCAGCCGUGACACAUCCCAAGCUUAACGAAAGCUUUGGGGAAGACGGCACGAAUUUUACCUCUUCCAUUCGGCCUUCUACGCCCAGCAAAGAUUUGAGAUCAGAAUCGCCUGAAAAGACUUUAUACAAAAAUGGUACCUUUUCGCACUCAUCAGUCGAGAAGUUAUCAGAGCCAUCUGCCAUUAGCAGCAAGAAAAAGCUUAUAAGAUCAACAUUGAUCAAUUCGCCCAAAGCUACCAUUGAACCCUCUUUCCAGUCAUCCGUCAAAUCCUUUGGCCACAAAUUUUUGAAAGAAGAUCAAUCAAUUAUUUUAAUUACAUUGGGGAGUAAAGACUCAAGGGAAAAGCUACAACCUGUAUCACUGAACGACGUUCCGCUUUCCAAGGCUUCAUCUACGGAGCUUGACACUGCUCUUUCUCUGGUUAUUUCAUGUUCUGAUGACUUGGGCGGUGCGCCUCACGUUCUCGAUUUGCCCCUGGACGACACCAUGGACACCAUCAAUUUUACAGUGCCCUUCAAGAAUGAUUCUGCCCACAUUUUGUAUUUCGAUGUUGUUCCGACCUACGGCUAUCAUGUGAGUUAUUCGUCAAAUUCAUCUAAAUCCAGUCUGGAUAACGUGGGGGGCGUUGGAUCAGCCCACAAUGUUUCAAAUUCGCAUGAUGUCUAUCAGAAGGGCCCGGUUCGAACCAAGCCUCCUGUGUUAGGGAGGGCAGUUGCUUUGCUUCAUAAAGCAUCCGCAUCAGUCGGACGGAAUCGCAGAGCACUUUCAAAUACCGUAACCGUUCCCAUUGUUGAGGGUGAAACUCUAAGUGUGCUAGGUACUGUGAGCUUUGAAUUCAUGGUAGUGACCCCAUUUUCACAUCCUAAAAUGUCUGACGAGCGUACGACAACUUAUUGGAAGUCACUAGUAUCUACCAGGGUUAUAGGCCACAGAGGUCUGGGCAAAAACAUGCUAGCUAACAAGUCCUUGCAAUUAGGAGAAAAUACGGUGGAAUCAUUCAUUGCAGCGGCAUCACUGGGGGCGUCCUAUGUUGAGUUUGACGUGCAGCUCACGAAGGAUAACAUUCCUGUUGUCUACCACGACUUCCUCGUCGCCGAGUCAGGCGCGGAUAUUCCCAUGCACGAGUUGACGCUAGAACAGUUUUUAGACCUGAACAACGCGGACAAACAUCACCAUCUGAAUGGUAGCGACAGUUCGCAGAAGCCGCAUUCCUUAGAUGACGUUGACGCGGCGGCCAUACAGAGGUCUCUCAGCACGAUCAGUGCUGAAGGAGGUCGCGGUAGAAAUAAGCAUCUGUGGAACGGCAUACCACUUUCGAAACAUUACGAGGACAGAAUGCGGCUUACCAGAACGUUUAAGAAGAACAAUUACAAAGGAAACGCGAGAGGUCACUCGAUUGCCUCUUCGUUUGUGACUUUGAAGGAGCUUUUCAAGAAAAUCCCCCAAAAUGUCGGUUUCAAUGUCGAAUGCAAGUACCCGAUGCUCGACGAGGCCCAGGAGGAAGAUAUCGGUCAGGUUGCAGUGGAGCUGAACCAUUGGUGCGACACGGUUUUGAAAGUGGUAUACGACAACGCCAAGGGCAGAGACAUUAUUUUCUCGUCGUUCCACCCGGAUAUCUGCGUGAUGCUUUCCCUGAAACAGCCCUCGAUUCCGAUUUUGUUUCUAACCGAGGGCGGUACACAGAAAAUGGCAGAUCCGCGGGCCGCAUCGCUGCAGAACGCGAUUCGGUUUGCCAGGUCCUGGAAUUUGCUGGGCAUCGUUUCUGCGGCGAAACCCAUAGUUCGCGCACCGAGACUGGCGCAGAUCGUCAAAUCCAAUGGACUGGUGUGCGUUACGUACGGCGUGGACAACAACGAUCCGGAGGUGGCCAAGAUCGAGAUGGACGCGGGCGUCGACGCCGUCAUUGUCGACAGCGUCCUUGCCGUGCGUCGUGGACUGACCAAGUACGCGUCGCCGGCGUAG